CCUCUAGUCAAGAGGGAAGUCAGUUUCUGGUGACUUUGUAAACCGGAAAAAAAAGAGAGAAAAGGACAGUGGCUUUCAGCGCAGGGCAAUCUGUGACAUCUCAGGGCGGUUUGGCCCAGAAGAAGCAGGAAGGCAGUGUUGCGGAGGUGGCUCGGCCUUUUCCUCAAGACGGAGAAACCCUACCAGCAUGAACCCCGAAGAGCAAAUUGUGACCUGGUUGAUUUCAUUGGGAGCCUUGAACUCCCCGAAAAUGAAGGUCGGGGACCCCUUGCAGUUCCUCAAAACGUCCCUCAAAGACGGAGUCGUCUUGUGCAAACUCCUUCUCCGACUCCUUCCAGGAUCUAUAGAGAAGCAUUGCCCGGAGCCCAAGACAGAAGCUGACUGUGUUGCCAACAUCAAGGCCUUUCUGAGCGGGUGCGCAGCGCUGAAAGUGGAGCUGUUUGAUGCACAUGAUCUCUACGCCGGAGACAACUUCCCCCAGGUGCUGAAUACCCUUGCAGCCAUCUGCAAAGCCACUGAAGAUCAACCGGCCGCCAGGCCAUGUUCCCGCCUGUCGCCUGCUAGAUCCCCGUCGGAGGACUGCCCUCCUUCCAGGCAAACUACGUCUCCCAAGUCGCCCAGAGCCUUGCGCAGGCAGUCCAAAGCAGUGGACAUGACAGAGAACGGCGGUCACCAGCUGGUGGUCCGGGCCCGGUUCAACUUCAAGCAGACCAAUGAGGACGAGCUGUCCAUCAACAAAGGGGACGUCAUUUGUGUCACCCGCGUCGAGGAAGGCGGCUGGUGGGAAGGGACCCUCAACGGCAAGACUGGUUGGUUCCCCAGCAACUACGUCAGGGAGAUCAAACCCACCGAUAAACCUCUCUCUCCGAAAGCUUUGAAAAAUGCGGAAAGCCCCCAACUUACCAAGAAUUACUAUGCAGUGGUACUUCAGAAUAUUUUGGAAACAGAGCGGGAUUACGCCAAGGAACUGCACUCUCUUUUAAGUACCUACCUGAGGCCGCUCCAGUCCUAUGACAGGCUGAAUGCUGGGGACAUCGCCUUGUUACUUGGAAAUGUGGAUGAGAUCUGUACCUUUCAACAAAAUCUCAACCAAGCUCUGGAAGAAAUUGCUAAGCUUCCAGAGCAUUUGCAAAAAGUCGGAGGUUGCUUCAUGAACCUGAUGCCGCAGUUCCGAAUGUUGUACCUUGCCUACUGUGCAAACCACCCUUCCGCUGUCAAUGUCUUGACCCAACACAGUGAUGAACUGGAGAAGUUCAUGGAGCUUCAAGGGGCCACCUGCUCAGGGAUCUUGACCUUAACCAUGAGCCUCAGCAAACCCUUCACCCGCCUGGAUAAAUACACUUCCCUUCUGCAAGAACUCGAGCGACACAUGGAGGAGGCACAUCCGGACCAUGAAGAUGUCUUGAAAGCAGUCACAUCCUUCAAGACGCUUGUGUCCCAAUGUCAAGAGAUGAGGAAGCGAAAACAGCUCGAGCUCCAGAUCCUUUCCGAAUCCAUUCAAGGAUGGGAAGGUGACGAUAUAAAGUCCCUGGGCAGCGUACUUUACAUGUCCCAAGUCAUGGUCCAAUAUGGAGGAAGUGAGGAGAAGGAAGAAAGAUAUUUCAUGUUGUUUUCAAACGUUCUGCUGAUGCUUUCAGCAAGUCCACGAAUGAGUGGGUUUCUGUAUCAGGGAAAACUCCCUUUAAUGGGGAUGGUGGUGACUAAAUUAGAAGAUGCGGACGGGACUGAGCACCUCUUUGAGAUUUCAGGAGGCAUGAUAGACCGGAUCACGGUAUAUUGCAACAACAGCCAUGACUUGCACGAGUGGCUUGACCAUUUGCAAAGGUUUACGCGAGGAGCGACUCCGAGCAGCACUCUCUCCAAGACGCACUCUUGGAGCCCCCAUUCUACUUUCAGCUCCCUUGGACAAUCUCGAGGCCCGCUGGAGCCCCCCAAAAUCCUCAAGCCCUGGACCUUAAGCUGCCUCCGACCUGCACCGCCGCUCCGGCCUUCGGUGGCACUCAGCUACAAGGAGCGGAUGUCUUACAUCUUGAAGGAUUCCAGCAAGAGCCCAAAAACGAUGAAGAAAUUUCUUCCCAAGAGGAAAACGGAGAGGAAACCGUCCGAUGAGGAAUUCGUCAUUAGGAAAAGUACUGCUGCCUUGGAGGAAGAUGCGCAAAUUCUCAAAGUGAUUGAGGCUUAUUGCACCGGCGCAAGCUUUCAGCAGACUUUGAGUUCAGGUUCCCGUAAAGACUCUGUCGCCCAAGUCCUGCUUCCAGAAGAAGAGAAAAUCAUCAUUGAGGAAACACGAAGCAAUGGGCAAACCGUCACAGAAGAAAAGAGCCUCGUGGACACUGUCUAUGCACUGAAAGAUGAGGUCAAGGAACUGAAGCAGGAGAAUAAACGGAUGAGGCAAUGCUUGGAAGAAGAACUGAAGUCGAGGAAAGAAUUGGAGAAGUUGGUUCGGCGGUUGCUGAAGCAGACAGACGAAUGCGUUCGGGAUGAAACCGUCCGGAGAUCUUCGGUCCUGGCUUGAUUUCUUAAAGCCGGGUUGGACAUGAAAGCAGGUAUUCCUAGGAAGUCGGAUCAUAGCGUUGGAUGCCUCUCGCUCUUUAUAUUUUUGUGUGCCUCUGUGUGUGCAUUUUAUUUGCUCCUGAGUUUGGUUUCCAUUCGUUUGCCAGCAAGAAAGGAAGGACAACGGCUGCGCUACUCUUUCGUUUGCCCCAUUCAAGAAGUCCGUUUUCCACGCCAGUGGAAACCAGUGAUGGUUGCUUGAUAAAAAUAUUCCACUUAUGCCCCUUUGAGUCAUUCAAACUUCCGUGACUUCAGUGCACCUUCUUCUAGGAAUAUGGACUUUUGCUGUUCUGGGUGAAGAUUGCAGAGUGGAAACUUCACAGGAAAUGCAAAAAAAGAAAAAGAAAGCUUUUCUCUGCCUUUC